AUGAGGUUCUUCUUCCCGGUGUUUCUACUCGUGCUUUUCACGUAUGUGGCAGCCAACUGGACACCUGAGGACUAUGAGAUCUUCUCCCUCAAUGACAAAAUUAAGAGCGAUCUUGGCUCGGAGGCCACCUUCUAUUCGUGGCUUCAGCUUGAAAAAGCACACAGAUCUUCCGUAGCUGAAAUCAACAAGGCCUACAAGAAGUUGUCGCGGGCAUUGCAUCCUGAUAAAUUCAGCAAGAAAUCACGGUCGCAGAGAAAGAAGGCGGAGGAGCGUUUUCAGAGGCUCUCGUUGGUCGGAAAUAUUCUUAGAGACAAUUCUUUGAAACAGAGAUAUGACUUCUUUCUCAAAAAAGGUUUCCCAAAGUGGAAGGGUACCGGUUACUAUUAUUCUAGAUUCAGGCCCGGCUUGAUUUUCACCGUAAUCGUCUUGUAUGUGCUUGUAAGCUCGUUUCAAUUUGUCUCGUUGAGAAUCAAUAGGAAGCAGGACUACCGCAGGGUCGUUGAGUUGAAAGAGCAAAUCAAGUUGCAAGCUUGGGGCGGCUCCUAUAUUCCUCCAUCUGAUGGUUCGGCUCGUAAGGUGCAAGGACCUGGGGGACUGGAGUUCAUUGUGUCUGCAGUUGGUGACAUCUCUUUGAUUGAGCGCGACGCAGACGGGAACCAGAUCUUGAAUUUAUUAGAUGAGAACGAUAUCGACGUCAACCCAGGCUUCCGUCUGUCUUACUUUUACAGACUACCGGUCGGGUUGUGGAAUUUGACUGUGGGCAAGAUCACUGGUUACACCAUUGAUACUACAGUCACCUUUGUCAACUCAAACAAGAAACUGGUUGAAACACCAGGCGAAUCCGAGAGCAAAAAAUCUCUGAAGAAAAAACUGGCGCCAAAGGGCGAGAGAGUUGAGCUUCCUAAUGGAAAGGUCAUCUAUACUAGAAAGAAGAAAUAG